AUGGGGAAAGAGGAUUUUGCAAUUGCACGCGAGAGGAGCCAUCAUGCACCACAUCGACGUAAACGUUAUGGACAGUCAAAAGUGCCAGGAGCAACUCUCAGAUACAUUCAAGGAAUCUCUACCAAACUACUCGCCAAACAUGAUCUGUGGACAAUCGAAUAUAGACCAGUGCAAGUCACAAUGUGCGUUGAAAAUCGUCGUUCAGUUGUGUUAACGCUACGUGCAUAUCGUCGAAAAUAUCGUGGCAAACGGGCACCGUCUGACAGCACUAUCCGUCGAUUGGUUCCGAAUUUUCUUGAGUUCGGGACAGUGGGAGAUCGUCACUACGAAUUCGCAGGAAUCUACACUUGGGACACGGGCUGUAAGCAAGAAGGACAAAUCGCUGGUUUUGUCAGACCUGACACUGACUGGAUCCAGACAACUCUCAGGAAACCAAUUAAGGAAUUGAAAAGGAUAGAAAGAGAAUACUUACGAAGUCAUUGA